GUGAAGAUGUUGGCCGCAGCCAGCUGCUCUGUGAAAGCAAUUCUUCACCCUGCUCUUCUUGGCCAUUCUAGGGCAGUUGUACAUGAGCUUCUGAUCCCCUGGAGAAAUGUCUGCUUAUAUCACACAGUGCCUCCCCCAGCUAAGUAUGGUGGAAGGCACACAGUAACUAUGAUUCCUGGAGAUGGCAUUGGGCCUGAGCUUAUGGUUCAUGUCAAAAGAAUAUUCAGAUUAAAUUGUGUGCCAGUGGACUUUGAGGAGGUGUGGAUGACCUCUACAUCUAACACGAAGGAGGUUGACCAGGCUAUUACGGCCAUCCGUCGGAACCGUGUCGCUCUGAAGGGCAACAUUGCAACGGAUCACAAACUGCCUGUCCGUUACAAAUCUCACAACACCAGGCUUCGCACCAUCCUUGACCUCUAUGCGAGUGUUGUCCAUUUCAAGACUUUUCCUGGUGUGGAGACCCGGCACAAGGACAUAGACAUCAUAGUUGUUCGAGAAAACACAGAGGGCGAGUACACUAACCUGGAGCAUGAGAGCGUGAAAGGGGUGGUAGAGAGUCUAAAGAUUGUGACAAGGACCAGGUCUCUGCGCAUUGCUGAAUAUGCCUUUAAUCUGGCACAAAAGAUGGGGCGUAAAAAAGUGACAGUUGUUCACAAAGCCAACAUCAUGAAACUGGGAGAUGGACUCUUUCUCCAGUGCUGUAAGGAUGUGGCAGCUCACUACCCACAGAUAACCUUAGAGAGCAUGAUUAUAGACAGCACUACCAUGCAGUUGGUAUCCAAACCCCAACAGUUUGAUGUCAUGGUGAUGCCCAAUCUUUACGGCAACAUUAUCAACAGUAUCUGCACAGGGCUGGUUGGAGGGUCAGGACUGGUACCUGGAGCCAAUUAUGGUGAUGUAUAUGCAGUAUUUGAGUUGGGCUCAAAGGAAAUAGGUAAAGAUUUAGCUCAUAGAAAUAUUGCCAAUCCUGUCGCCAUGCUGCUAACCAGCUGUAUCAUGCUGGACUACCUCGAUCUUCAAUCCUAUGCCACCGUGAUCCGCUCUGCAGUCAAGGCAUCCUUAGAAAACAAAGCCAUCUGCACACCAGAUGUCGGAGGUCAAGGUACCACAUCUGGAGUCAUGGAUUACAUCAUGGAAUAUAUGAAAUGUCAUGGAUGCUGUUAUCCAAAUUUAUUCCCAUCCCAACCUUGA